ACAACGCGGCACGAUCAACGCAGAACGAAAGAUAAUCGAGUCGUGGGAGGAAGAACUCUUCGCUUCGCGUCUCAUCAUCGCAAACGAAGCGUCCCCCCACCCCUCUGGUCGCUGGCACUCUCCCGGGACGGAGCGCACCCCGACGAUGGGAGUCGUGAAGACAGCGUCGGAAAGUAUCCUCGAGGAGACGGUGGUGCCGAGCGAAGAGGCGAAUUAUUCGCCGCAAGGACACGCCGAGGAAUGGAGCGAGACUUUUCCAUAUCAGCUUCUGAUAGGAGCAGGGGUGGCGUUGGUCGGUCUAGUUCUGUUAGUGGCAGUGAGUUACCAAUGCUCUUCCACUUGGCGGUGGUUGGUUGGCAUGACAAGACACGAGAAUGUCGAGGAUACCGAGACCGAGCAGACUCAACAAAAUGCGAUUCGUAUCAGUCAUUCUCUUCCGGAUCUCCAGUCAGAACCGAUCACCCACGAAUAUGUUCAAGAACAGAAGGAGAAUAAAAAGGUGCUGCGACAAACUACUUUACCCAUUGUGCCAAUGAGACAUCAAAGUUUCCAGCGUCAAUUAUCUCACCGACUUGAUUUGCCUAAUAUUAAAUUCAGCAUCUGCAGCUUAGAAAAUCGCAGCGACUCCAGCCUCGGUCUUAUCAAGCCGGAACUAUAUAAAAAAGAACUUCUGAGACAAGACAGCGCGGAAAGCUCAAGCACGGUGGAAAUGGAAUACGCCGGGAAAUUACAUUUUGCUCUUCGCUACGACAAAGAAAUGGAUGGGCUUGUUGUUAAAGUUUUGCAAGCUCGUGAGUUGCCUAUAAAAGAUGUAACAGGCAGCAGCGACCCGUAUAUCAAAGUGUAUUUGCUGCCAGACAGAAAGAAGAAAUUUCAAACUAAGGUACAUCGAAAGAAUUUGAAUCCGAUAUUCAAUGAAACGUUCAUUUUUAGUGUAUCGUACGAGGAACUAAGGGAACGUUACUUACAAUUCUCAGUCUACGAUUUUGACCGGUUCUCACGUCACGAUCUUAUAGGACAAGUGGUUCUUAAGGGACUUUUAGACUGUACCGAUCUUGAACAAGAAAUUGAAUAUACAAUGGAUAUUCUCUGCGCUUUACAGGAGAAAGUGGAUUUAGGAGAAUUAAUGUUAUCUUUAUGUUAUCUGCCGACGGCUGGUCGAUUAACAUUGACUAUAGUCAAAGCUAGAAACCUUAAAGCGAUGGAUAUAACAGGAAAAUCAGAUCCUUAUGUAAAAGUCUACUUGCUAUGUCAAGGAAAAAGAAUAAAGAAAAAAAAGACUACGGUGAAGAAGAAUUCUCUUUAUCCUGUAUACAAUGAGGCACUCGUCUUCGAUGUUCCCGCAGACAAUAUCGAGGAUGUCUGUCUUAUAGUAAAAGUAAUCGAUUACGAUAGGAUUGGACCGAACGAAUUAAUGGGAUGUACAGCUAUUGGAUCGAGCUUCAUUGGUAUUGGACGCGAUCACUGGUUAGAAAUGUUAGAUAAUCCUAGAAAACCGGUGGCGCAGUGGUAUCCAUUGAUGGAAACUGUGGCUGGUCACAUUCCAACGGUGGAUUCAGAACCACUUCCAGUGAGCCUGAGUUGCUUGAACAGCAGAUGAAGACAGUAGGCGGGAAGCAAACAUUGUGAAAGCUCGGGAAUGUUGUCGGACGCCGGCUUGGACAUCGUCUCCUUCUGUCGUCAUCUAAUGCACAUUGCUUGACUGAGUUAAGUACAACCUCUAUCUCGAAGGCGCACCGUACUUGCAACCUUGCCUCGUGCAGCAGACAUGAAGUAAUAAACGACCCGUCAUAUAAACGAAUCUGAUUACUCACAUGGAAACACACACGUACGUUACUCAUUUCCGAUUAUCGAUGGUGACCGCGACGGAAACGAGAUUCAUUUGCGUUGUUUUGUCUUUUUAAGUGGCAUUAUAUUAUAGUGCAGGCUGGCCCCGCACCAUUUAAGAUAAAUGUAGUUGGAUUUCAAUAGCAUUUUCUUGGUAGAAUUUUGCAACCACGUGAUGUUGAGCAUGACGAUAGCUUAAAUGUCUUUAAUGCGAUUAAUGCGUGGAAUCACAACUAAUUAAGUUUUUAUAGACGAAAGAUAUAUAACGCGACGAAUUCGUAAUUCGAGCGCAAAGCGUGAGAAGCAUACGGCCUUACCUUAGAUGAAGGUGAGACAAAUGGGCGAGAAUGCAGGUAGACUUGGAAACGAUGGAUUUUAUCGACGGCAGAGUACAAUCGAAUCAUGAUAAACUUUUAAGAUAUCACAGAGAUAGGAUAGGCAAAUGUGUCGAAUGCACGCAUCAUUUCUUAUUUUACGCUCGCUAACCACUUCUGUUCAAGUGUCUAAUACGAUGCGUGUGUGCAUAUGCGCGCGCGUGUGUGCAUACGUGCAUAAUGAGCGUUUUAUUAAUAAUUAUCAAACACUGUACACUAACACACACACACAAACACGCCUGUAUAUAUGCACACACACAGGCACACACACACAAUGAUGCAUACAAACAAAGUAUUUGACGAUAAAGGUAACAAUGUUCUUAUGCAAGUAAAUUGAAUCAAGCUAAACAAAAAAAUCUAUCAUUUUGCAAACAACGUAAAUUUUUGCAUUAUUAAUUAAAGAGGAUUGUCAA